AUGGGGCGCCUCGCAGGGCUUCCUCCCGUCCCGGCCGCCACCCUCCUCCUCCUCUUGCUCUGCUGCGCCGCCGCAGCCUCCCUCGUGCUGCGCGGCCGCGUGGCGGAGGGCAACGAGAGGCCCAUCAUUGGGAUAUUGUCACAGGAAUGUAAUUUUGAGAAGUUCCGCAGAUUUGGAAGUUCUUACAUUGCAGCUUCGUAUGUGAAGUUUUUGGAAUCUGCUGGUGCCCGAGUUGUGCCAAUAAGAUUAAAUCUUUCAGAUGAAGAAUAUGAUAAAAUAUUCCACUCUAUUAAUGGGGUACUUUUUCCAGGAGGUGGUGUGGAUCUUAAGACUUCAGAGUAUUCCAGGGUUGCUAAGAUAUUUUACCACAAGGCAUUAGAGGCUAAUGAUAAAGGAGAUUAUUUCCCAGUAUGGGGAACAUGUCUUGGACAUGAAGAACUUACCUAUCUCACAAGUGGUGAAGUUUUACUUGUUAAUACCAAGACAAAUGGUUUUGCACUCCCUCUGAACUUUACCUCAGCUGCAAAAGACAGUAGAUUAUUCAAGAAUUUCCCUGAUGAUGUAUUACGUGCGUUUGCUACUGAGCCGUUGACAUCAAACUUUCAUAUGUGGAGCCUCUCCAUGGAGAAUUUCACAAAGAAUGAAAAGCUUCGUAAUUUCUAUAAUGUUCUGACCACUAACACUGAUGGUGAAGUGGAGUUUAUAUCUACCAUGGAAGCAUACAAAUACCCAGUUUAUGGUGUCCAGUGGCAUCCAGAGAAAAAUUCUUUUGAGUGGAAGAAUUCACCAGGCAUUCCACAUUCCCCACCAGCUGUAAGAGCAGCAUAUUAUAUAGCUGACUUCUUCAUUAAUGAAGCCCGGAAGAGCCUACACCAUUUCUCCAGUGAAGAUGAGGAAACAAAAGAAUUGAUUUAUAAUUAUACUCCAAUUUAUACAGGAACAUUUUCUUCAUUUCAGCAAAUCUAUUUUUUUGAUUGAGUAUCAUGUCAAAGGUGCAGUGUUGCUAUUUAUAAAUGGAAUUAUUUGCCAGCAUUGCGUAAUUAAGCUGAUAAAGUGCACUGCAUGUGACAGAAAGCCAGAACAGUUCUUUUCCUUUACAAUGAUUUAUCCUGUGUUUCUUCUGCCCUGUUGGACCACUAAUGUAAAAAUUCACAUUCAAUAACAUAAUAAUUAUCUUGGGUCACACUUUAAGGUAAGCUACAGAAAAAUGCAUUUUUCUUUGAGGGAUGAGGUCUUGAUUAUGCUUAUAAACUUGGAAGUAAUCACGUUUAGUACAAGGAAAAACACUGUAUUAAUAUAUUUUAAAAUACGAGAGAUAUCUUUGUAAAAUAUU